AUGAAGUAUGCACAGCUUUAUAUUGGAGUGGCAGGUAGUGGAAAAUCAUCUUGUUGCAAGUAUGUUCAAGAACACUUAAAUUUACUUCAGCGAAAAUGUUACGUUGUUAAUUGGGAUGUGGCAAGUGAAAACUUACCUUAUGAAGCAUAUGCAGACGUAAGGGAUGUCAUUGAUAUCAAAGCUUAUCAAAGUGAUAAUUUCCUGGGACCGAAUGGGGCUUUAAUCGAAGCAAUGGAAUCCAUUUCUACUGAAUACGAUUAUCUUUCAGACGUUUUUGAAGACAUUGAAGAUUCUUCGUUUGUUUUACUUGACUGCCCAGGACAACUGGAACUUUAUUCUAAUUCAAUGGCAAUUUUUAACUUGAUAAAACGACUUAUCCAAUUUGAUUAUUCAGUUAUAUGCAUUUUUUGCAUGGAUAUCGCAUUUCUAAGUGAUUUAAACAAGCUGCUUGGCAGUGCCAUAUAUGCUCUUUCAUCCAUGGUAUUACUUGACGCUCCUUUUGUAUGUGCUUUGACCAAAUGGGAUUUGUUGGAUGAGUCAAGCGAGUAUAAUCAAGAAGACUUCAGCGUAAAUUUUCAAGAUUUAAUUUCAAUAACUCCAGGAAAACUUUCAUUAAAACAGAAAAAGUACAUUACCGCAAUUCAAGAAACUUUGAACGAUUGGAACAUGUUAUCUUUUAAUAAAUUGUCAAUUGUUGAUGAUAAUUUAAUGUCUGAAUUUCAAAUUAAAUGUGACUUAAUUCACAAUUAUGAGCCCGCUAACAAUAAUUAUUUAUAUGAAACAAGAGACGAUAACGAUUCAAGCUAA